AUGCCUCCCAAGAAAUCCUUCAACUGGGGGCUGUGGAUCAAGGUCCUGGUGGGUGGAACGGUCAUCAGCGUUGGUGGACCGGCGCUCACAUUCUGGCUGGUACCAACCGAGGAAGAGCUGAGGUCGAGGUAUAACCCCGAGCUCUUAAAGAGAAGCUUGGAGGGUAGAGAGGAAAGACAACAAGAGUUCGACCAGUUUGUCACGCAGCUCAAGGAGUAUUCCAAAUCCGAUAAACCAAUUUGGGCCGUCAUCAAAGAAGAUGAAGAGAGGAAGAAGAAAGCAAGCCUGGAAGCCGCAAGGCUACAAAAACAGGAGGCUGCAGCCCAGAGAGACGAAAUGCGGCGAGAAGCUGGGCUCGGGAAAUAG